AUGAUGGUCAAACUUCAACUUCUGUUCGCGUCGGCCUGUAUCAACUUUGGCACUGGCGAUAGCAAUGCAGUGGACUUACUGUCCGCUGCACUUGCUACAACUGCUGCCAAAUGUGCGAAGGAGCCGACCCAGCGUGUGGACUGUUACCCACCACGUGCCAAUUUCCCGGACCCGACGGAGGAGUUGUGUCUGGCUCAAGGUUGUUGCUGGGAAAGCUUGGAAAAUGAAGGUAUUCCAUGUACGUUUGCUGCAGAAGAACCUCCGAGUGAAGAAAAGUGCAAUAAUGUGGCCAAACCGGCGCGUCUGGCGUGUCGAAACCCGAGGUUUGCCUCCUCUAAAGUGCUGGAGGAUGCCGAGACCUGCGAAUCCGCUGGCUGCUGCUUUGAUGAUGGAGACUGUUUCCAGCCGAUGAGUGACGGAUACGAGCUGCUUACACUGGACGAGACGAGUAAUGGCUGGCGUGGAACACUCGCACUGCAUCAGGGAGGUACUGGACCAUUUGGUAACGAUGUGCCGCUACUAGAGUUGAAUGUCGUUCGAGAAUCGUCGAGUCAAUUGCGGAUUCGUAUCACCGAUCCAGCGUUCCCGAGAUAUGAAGUGCCAGAUCUACCGGUGCGACGUCAAGACAGACAAGAAGAUAUCAAUGAGAGCGACUACAAGGUGCACUUCACUCCAUGGCCAUUUGGAGUGGCAGUGACUCGUCGAGACUCUGGAGAAGUGUUGUUCAACUCCACACCGCCAGUGGAGAGAGCAGACAAAGGUGAGAGCUUCAGUGGGUUAGUGUUUGAGAAUCAAUUCCUCGAGAUCUCGACGCAGUUGUCAGUGAGUGAAGAAGACCAUCAGCCUAUUCUCUACGGACUUGGAGAACGUCUUGGCCCGGCAAGACUUCGAGCGGAUGGAGAUCUCUAUCCAAUGUUCUCACGUGCCCCGAAUGCUUCUGCUCCAGUUCAUUCUCGUAGUGGUGGAGACAACUUGUAUGGAGUUCAUCCCUUCGUGCUACAGCUAGAAGGCGGUCAGUCUGGCAAUGCACAUGGUGUAUUCAUGCUCUCUUCGAACGCGAUGGAGGUCCUGGCACGUCGCGAUGCACUGACGUAUCGGCUCACGGGUGGAAUCCUUGACAUCUUCGUAUUCUCCGGUCCAACCCCGCAGAAUGUCGUUGACCAGUACACAGGUAUUGUGGGUCGUCCGGCGAUGCCUCCGUACUGGGCCUUGGGUUAUCAUGUUGGUCGUCGUGGAGAAGCAAAAUCAGUUGAAGAAGCGAUGAAGAUUGUCACGCAGCUCCGGAUGGCUGGUGUCCCCAUGGACGCAUACUGGCAAGACUUUGAGUACACGGCCGACAACGGACGAGCUUUGUCCUUGGACGAGACCAAGCAUUCGCAUCGAGACAUGCGUGCGUUCAUUGAUGACUUGCACUUCCACUCGCAGUAUUUCGUGUGCGUCCAAGUUCCAGGCAUCACGAUGCAAAGCACGUCACGAGAGAUCGAGAGCAAGAGCUGGAAAAGGGCAAAGCACAACGCUCUUACAUUCCAUACUCGUGAUACCAGCGAAGACGAUGAAGGUUAUGAUCAUAGCGAUGACGAAGAAGGCGCUGAUGGUCGCGAUGCCAGCAAUGCAGACGACAAUACUCGUGAUGGAAGCGGUCGCGAUAUCUCUGGUGAAGGAAGUGGAGGUAGCGAUCAAAGUGCCGAAAGCGACCAGAGUGAAGGUGGCGAGCAACAAUGGGAUCCCAUCGCGCGGGGUGAAGAGCUUGACAUAUUCGUUAAGGGAGUAAAUGGGGAACGCUACGCACAGAAAGCAUUUCGGUCUGGUUGGGCUGUGUUCGUUGAUUUCUUUCACCCUCAAGCCUCGCACUUUUGGCACGAACAGCUUGCCCAAUUCCACAAGUACGUGAUGCCUUUCGAUGGUUUGUGGCUGGACAUGAAUGAACCUAGUAGCACCUGCGACUGUGCUUUGGCGGCUGAAGACGAUAUUUGCGCUCAUGUCUGCACUGAACGUCACUCGACCAGACCUUCUAACGACGAGGGGAUCGUGGAGUUUGAACAAGUUGGUGUACCGGAUGGAGGCUUUAUCCGCACGAACGACGUCAACUUCCCAUUUGAUCCGUAUCGCCAGCCUUUUGCUCCGGGUCAAAACGAACCAGCCACUGGGGGUCACGGCAAUCUGAACUCGGCUACUCUUCCUAUGGCUGCACUACACCAUUUUUCACUGCACUACAAUCUCCACUCGCUCUACGGUCAUGCACAGGCUCGUGCUACGCACCGUGCACUGAACUCCAUUGUCAAAAAACGUAGUGUACUGCUCUCUCGUUCCACGUUCUCCGGAACGGGUCGAUACGCCGGUCACUGGGUGGGCGACGACGCUGAGGCCUCAUGGGAACAACUCCGCUUGUCGCUAUCUGGUACAUUGCAGAUGAACUUGCUCGGUAUCCCUCUUACAGGUCCCAACGUCUGCGGAUCUCGUGGUCGUUCUUCAACCGAGCUUUGUGUACGUUGGCACCAAGCUGCUUCCUUCCUGCCUCUGCUUCGCAACCACGCAGAAAGUGACGAUGCCAAGCAAACGCCUGUCGAUUUUGACGCUGACGCUCUGAAUAUUUUACGAUCGACUUUGCUACGACGUUAUCGGUAUCUGCCGUACAUGUACACACUCUUCUAUGAGGCUCAUCGUUCGGGUAGUCCAGUGGUUCGACCUCUUUCUUUCGAGUUCCCGGAUGAUAAGAACGCUCGAGAUGUCGAACACCAGUAUCUACUCGGUCCAGCACUGAUGGUCUCUCCAGUGGUGCAUGAAGGUGCGAUUUCAGCCGAGGUGUAUUUCCCUGAUGCGAAAUGGUACGAUGCACACAACGGGAAGUUGGCGUUGGACCCCGAAGCUAGAGAUAAUCGACGUGUUAGUCUGCUGACUCCGCUUGCCAAACUUCAAGUUCAUCUCCGUGGAGGGUACGUUAUCCCUACGCAACAAUCGCUGACAACUACCGCUCUUUCACGUCGUGGAGCGUUUACGCUGCUAGCAGCAUUGGAUAUGUCACAAGAGACUCCGUCAGCCUUUGGAGAACUGUACGUGGAUGAUGGGGACUCGCUGUCAGCUGUGGAAGAUCGUCGCUACUCGUUGAUGAACUUUGGAGUACUUCAGAACUCGAGCAAUAGUGUUGAGUUCAAGAACUCGAUUAAGUUUCACGGGUAUGCUGGACCGGAGAUGCAGGCGGAUCUCAGCGAGAUACGUGUGUAUGGCGUAUGUGGAGGAGGCUUUGCUGCGAACUCGUCGAUGGACGCGACGCUCUUGUCUAGUGGUGAAGGUUCUCCACGGGAGGUCUCGAUCAAGGCUGAUUACUUCGCGCAGUCCGACAUGCUGGUUCUUUCUCGUCUUGAUGUGCCUAUCGGACAAGAAUUUCACGUCAAGGUGGUCGCUCAACCGGCUGCAACGCCUGAAGGCGGCAAGAGAGAAACGGGUGUUGGAGCGAACGCGGGUAAAUCUGGUAGUGAAGAAGAAGCUGAAAGGGGUGCACAGGGAGGUAAGAAACCGGCUGAGAAGAAGAAGAAGUCCAAGUUUUCUGUCACUGGGAUUGUCGGUAUUGUGGUGGGCUGCGCUUUCCUGGCUGCAAUCAUCUUAGUCUUCUUGUUGCGUCUGCGUCGUCGCCGCCAGGGAUACGAAACGAUCUGACAAGUGCCGGUAACGAGACAUAACAGGCGAUGAACAAAGCUCGAAUGAUUGAGUAAGGUGU